AUGGAGGCACAACAGGUCCGCCGUGAUGACGAAUGGCAAUGGGAAGCGAUGGACUCUCAAGGUUAUGCAAUUCUACAUGCGAGCGAGGAGCCUUCGGAAGAGCUUCGCGAGUUUAUUUUGACGGAGAGUGCGAAAUUACCUCGUGAAGGGCCCGAGGACAGCCCUCUCUAUUACAUCCAACCACAUUGGGACACAGAACUCUGGAAAGAAAUACCAAAUUACGUGCAAGCUGGAAUCAAUCCCUUUCAUCUCCAUCUAAACCUGGACGGCCUAAAGCCACGUAUAAUGAAGGAUCUUGUUCGGGUGGUAGGAUGCCGGAAGACCGAAGCGAAAAGAGAUGCAUCAACGAAUUACAUGCUUGGACCUCCAAAUUAUCAUAUGCAUGAUAGCAUGGUAUUGAUCCGACCAAUCGCGCAGAAUGUCACUUUUAAACCCAUUGCCGGGUCUCACCGUGUGACUAAGUCGGAAUUCGACAAGAGUGAUCCCAAAUCUACUCCAGUGAACGUGAGACGCAUUCAAGCGCUUGAAGCAAGGACGACAUUGUGGAUGCAGUGGGCGGAUUUGUCUGAAUCGGAUGGACUCCUUCUCGCGGUUGUGGUGUAUGCUAAUGGCCCCGCUGACAAACCGGAUGAGGGCGAAGAUUUUCCGGGUCGUGUUGACGAGGGUGAUGUGGCGCCUUUCAUGCGUUAUUGA